CCAGACAUGCUCCUUGAUUCUUGCACUGUUAUGUUUCCUUCACCAGGCCUCCUCUAUUGAAACCUCCGGCGUACCCGAAGAGAACCCGGCAAAGGAAAUGAUUCAAGUCGGGCUAGUUUUCGGCAUGAACUCACCCAUGGGGAAGGUGGUGGAGAGUUGUAUAUCCAUGGCGCACUCUGAAUUCUAUGGCGCGCACCCUGAUUACCGCACCCGAUUGUCGCUUCUCGUCAGAAAUCCAAACGACAACGCUGUUGAUGCGGCAUCAACAGUUCUAGACUUGAUGGAGAAUGAAGAAGUGCACGCAAUCCUGGGUCCAAAAUGGUCCUCACAAGCCAAAUUUGUUAUCAACUUGGGAGAGAAAGCUCAAGUACCAAUCAUAUCCUUCUCAGCCACUAGCCCAUCCCUUUCUCCCACGCAAAGCCAUUAUUUCGUUCGGACAGCCUAUGACGAUAGUUCACAAGUUGGUGCUCUAGCGGCUGUUGUUCAAGCUUAUGGUUGGAGGGAAAUAACUCUUGUUUAUGAAGACACUGAAUAUGGUAACGGCUUGGUCCCGUACCUUGUUGACGCGUUCCAGGAGGUUGAUGCUCGGAUCUCUUAUAGAAGCGUUAUUCCUCUAUUUACGGAAAAUAUUGACAUCGUAAAAGAGCUCAAUAACUUGUUGACGAGGCAGACACGAGUAUUUUUGGUUCAUAUGACUGCUGGGAUUGGGUCUAGGUUCUUUGCUUUAGCACGUGAUGCGGGGAUGAUGAGCGAGGAGUUUGCGUGGAUUGUCACCGAUGGUUUGUCGUCUUUGCUGGACCCGUUCAUCUCCAAGUCUCUAGACUCGAUGCAAGGUGUUCUAGGCGUAAGGCCACAUGUACCACUAUCGGAGUCUCGUAGAAAUUUUGAGGAGAGAUGGAGGAAGCUUUACGCCGAGAGAAAUCCACACGACGAGAUUGCUGAUCUCAGUCUAUUUGGCUUAUGGGCAUACGACACCGUCACAGCAUUAGCGUUAGCAGGAGAGAUGGCAUGGGAUCCUGCAAAGUCUAGAUACUUAAAGCCGAAUACGAGCAGAAACAAACUCAACUUCUCAUCUAUCGGGAUUUCUGAGAUGGGCCCGAAAUUGCUCGACAAAAUCCUAAGCAUCAAAUCUCAAGGCCUUACUGGAGAAUUUAAUUUGUCCAGUGGUGCACUUCAUCCCAUUGCAUUCGAAAUCUUUAAUGUUGUGGGACAAAAUGAGAAAAUCAUUGGAUAUUGGACUUUGGCACAAGGACUUUCACCUGAAUUGAACCUAUCAAGAAGGGAAGUUUAUAAAGCUUCGGCCAACGAUUUGAAGCCACCUACUUGGCCAGGAGAAACAUUGAAGCCACCGAAAGGUUGGGUGAUGCCGAUAUCAGGAAAGAAACUAAGGAUUGGGGUUCCGAAGAAGGACGGCUUUGACGAGUUCUUCAAAAUCGAAUGGGAUCCACAUACGGGCGUGCCUAGCUACUCAGGAUUUGCCCACGACAUGUUCAUGGCUGUACUGGAUACAUUGCCUUUUGCUAUUCCUUACAAUUACAUUCCUUAUAUGAAUGAGAGCAGGCAAAGCGCAGGAACCUACGACGAUAUGCUGUUCGAAAUUAAACUUCAGAAAGUCGAUGCAGUCAUAGGAGACACGACUAUCACUGCCAAUCGCUCAUCCUACGUCGAUUUUACACUUCCAUACUUAGAAUCCGGUGUAGCAAUGGUAGUUGCCAUUAAGGAUGACGAGCGGAGGAACAUGUGGAUCUUCUUAAAACCAUUGAGCUGGAAUCUCUGGCUAAUGAUCUGUGUGGCCUUUAUUUCUACUGGGUUCGUUGUUUGGCUCCUCGAACAUCGUACAAAUGAAGAAUUUAGGGGUCGUCGUCGUCAACAACUCAGUAUGAUAUUCUGGUUUUCCUUCUCCACACUGGUGUUUGCGCAUAGAGAGAAGAUUGGGAACAAUUUGACAAGGCUUGUGCUCAUCGUAUGGGUAUUUGUGGUGCUUAUCCUCACUCAGAGUUAUACUGCAAAUUUAGCUUCACUUUUAACCGUGCAACGUAUAACGCCGGAGUUCGUAGAUGUGCAAGACUUGAUAAGGAAUCGCCAUUUCGUCGGAUAUCAGAAAGGAUCUUUCGUGAGAGGACUUCUCGCGGGACAGCUCAAGUUUGAUGAGUCCAGAUUGAUUCCUUAUGGUUCGCCCGAGGAAUACCACGAGGCACUAUCGAAGGGAAGCGAAAACGGAGGAGUUGCGGCAAUCUUUGAUGAACUGCCCAGCAUAAAACACUUCCUUGCCAAAUACUGCAACAAGUACAAAACGGUGGGACCAACCUAUAAAGCCGACGGUUUCGCCUUUGCCUUUCCAUUGAGGUCCCCUUUGGUCUCCUACAUUUCAAGGGCAAUCUUGAAAGUUACUCAAGAUAAAGCCAGAAUGGAUGGGAUAGAAGGGAGAUACUUCCGCGGUCAAAACUCGUGCCCAGGACAAGAUGCAGCGAUCUUUUCAGACAAUCUUAGCCUAAGUGUGUACAGCUUCGGAGGGCUCUUCAUCAUCACCGGCGUUGUCUCGGUAUCUUCGGUAUUGAUAUAUGUGGUUUUGUUCUUCCAAUCCAAUUGGCCUUCUUCGAGAGCCAUCCGUCCCGGUGAUCGCUCCCUUCGGUCCAAGUUUUCGGAAACUGCAAACAAGUUCAUUCGAGAGCACCGGUUACUUGGUUGUCCGUGGAAAAAUGGAUCUAAGAUGGCUCUGACGUCGCAAUUCCGAAGCAUGGAAGCUUCCACGAAUAAUGAUGUUGGAGUGACUGCAAGGAGGCAAAAUAAAAAAGAGAGGCCGCUACUUAUGAUGCACGUUUGA